AAACUCUUCGAAGUCGGACCGAGCGAGCGGAAGUUGUGUGCCUCGCUUGCGGAGGUCAAGUUACUUCAGGUAGGAAUUUGUGUACCAAUACUUCCAGAUAUCUGCACAAUAUAAGCAGUAUCGAUAGUUCGGCAUUAGUAAAUUCAACCGAUCAGUUUACAGCUAACGCUAACUAGCAGCCCGGUUGCCCCGGUUACAUCAGCACUCUCUUACAGGACAGACGCCGGGCAGUGAGUGUCCGUGAGGGUUGUGGAGUAGCUGCUCGACCUCGGUACAGUCAUGGUGAAGAAAAGACCAGUGCGUUUCAUAGCAGAAAUGGCUCGGAAGAUCCGGGCGUACCGGGAGCUCAAGUCCCGGCCGCGGGAGUCCCAGAAGUACGUCCUGGACUACGAGACGAUGAAGCGGCCUCACACGGGGAAGAUGCUGCCAGUGCUCGCCUGGCAGGAUGUCCGCAGGGAGAGUACUCUCUUCUCCCUGCUGUCAGGUAUGAGGAUGUUCGGAGUGGGCCGCAUCUUUACCCGCAAGUCCUGGCUGGAGGACCACACAGAGCCCAGCUACUGGAAGCUCACCAAGAUCAAAGUGGACUACACAUCUGAGAACAUGGAUCAUGGCAAAGCAUGGGGGGUCCUCACCUACAAAGGAAAACAAGAGAGCGAGGUGAAGGAAGUGGACAAGGUGAUGUACCACGACUGGCGCCUGGUUCCCAAACACAUAGAACAGGAGUUCAAGCACUUUGAGACGCUCCCCGAGCCGCCUGUGCGCUACGUCCCGUACCCUCCCCUGCUCCGCGCCAUGAUGCUGGCCCAGCACAAGAAAGCCUCAGGCAGCAUAUCACCUGAGGAGCCGGCCUUGCCUUUAACAAGGAACGUUCUGCUCAACAAAGACUAUUUCCGCAAGCGGGAACAAGAGAGAAAGAGUACAAGCGGGACAGCGGUGUGAUACUCGUGCUUUUGAAGCUGAAGGGUCAACAAUCUUGGACAUUUUGGACAAAAGCAGUGUUGAAAGAAGCCCUCACCUCAAUGUCCGUAAUCCUGGACUCAAAUGAGUUCUCUGCUGAGUUCUCUUCAUCUGAAGCAGACCUCUUUGUAUGUAGUAUGUAUGUAUGUGUGAUGAUGGGUAAAUAUUAAAUUUGAAAUAAAAUAUAACUGCUGUU